ACAGCUCCAUCAUUGUUCAGUCACGACCGGUUUAAUACCUAACCUCGCGCCGGUGCCUCCCGCCUAGUUCGACGCCGAUUAGCCAUACUACGCCAUUAGCGAUUGGGCAUUUGCUCCCAGUGCUCUCAGGAUCAUUCGCUUCACCUAUUUCUCAACGUUUCCAAAGUCGCACGACCUCAAGACGCCGCAGCAAAGCUCCGAAACGGAUCACCAGAGCGCCUCGCGCAACGACAAACAGCAAACAUGGACCCACCAGGGCCAGUCAAGCGGACCUUGACGCUCAAAAUCAACACUCAAUCCAAUGGCUCGUCUCAAGCAGUCAGGACGGGAUCACCGGCAGUUACACCUGGUCCUGGCCAUAACCUCUCUGCCGCUUCGCCACCUCCUCAGACACCCGGGGGCUCGCAGGGCCCACGCAAGAUCAAGCUCAACGUCAAGGGCACAUCCUCACAACCACCAACGCCAGCCGGGCCGAGACCGCCGUCGAUUUCCAAUACUUCAUCCCAGCCGACACUACCACGGAUAUCAACAGUAAGCUCUGCUGCUCCCAACAUAUUUAUGUCCAAGCCCAAGACGGCAAAUAAAGUCUUCUUGAACGCGGCGACUAGAAAGAGACCAAGGGAAGAGAGCGAGGCGGAGGACGGUCCGACAGCGAAUGGGAUUGGGGGAGAGCCAAGGCCCAAGAAGAUCACGAUCAAGGCACCUUCGGCCACAACCCCGAUUCAAACUCCGCUUCUGGCUACUAAGGUUCGCUUAAAACCGCAGGGUCGGAUACCGACGCGACCGCUAGGGGAGGGCUACGAUUCGGAGGCCGAUGAUAGGGAAGUCGACCCGGUAAUCGAAGAGCAGCUGAUUUUGCGCAUGAUGCCUGGCGAGCACUGCGACUAUCUCCGGAAAGCCGUGGCUGAAAAGAAAGUGGGCGUUCCUAAACAUCAGGGUGGCGCCGAUGUUACAAUGAAGUUUCUCGACGAAGAAGGACGACGAGUUAUGUUUGUCAUUCAAGGACAACCGUACGCCGCCAUUCUGGUCGAUCUACCCACAAUCACGGAGGGCAUGAAGACGUGGGACAAGAAGUCAAUGGUUAAGUCAGCCGACAUUUGCCAGAUGAUCCUAGUCUUUGCUAAGGUCAAGGACGAGGCAGAAGCCAAGUCGGUUCCUCUACCAAAGGCUGUCGAGCAUGGCCAUAGGUGGCCCCAUGGUAUCACCCCGCCGAUGCAUGAUGCACGAAACCGGAGGUUCAGAAAGCGCCUCAGCAAACUAGAAAUCCAGAACAAGGAAGCCGAGGUCGAGCGGUUGCUGGCAGCAGACAGAGAAGCCCUCAGCUCCAGGUACGAACUUCUGGCAGAGGGCGGGCAAGGAAAUACCGCUGCGCUCGAGUCCGAUCACGAGUACGGGGACGAAGACGGAGGCAUGGGAGGUGAAGAGGACCAACAAGACGACUAUUUCGGUGACGCAAAUAUGCACAACCAAGACGACGACAACCUCUUCGACGAUCUCGAGGCAGAAUUCGAAAACGCGGCAGAUACGCCCGCCGAAGCAAUGGACGCCAUGGACUUUGGCGCUGCCACGCCCACGGCGUUGGGCGGCGGAAUGGAUCUUCCCACACCCCCCACCGCCAACACGGGUACGCCUACCGCUGCACAAACAGAGGAGAGUGCGGCCGAAGCAGUCAGCGAGGAGGACGAAUCAGAUGAAGACGACGAGGAUGAUGAGGGUGACAUGGACGAUGACGGCGAUGAAGAGCGCCAUGACGAGGUGGCGGGAGUCAAGGCUGAGAUUGCCACCCUGAGGAAGCAGCUGGCCUCGUACGAGGAGCAGCUGUCCAAGGCAACGAGCAUUAUCAUGAAGAAACGUCUGGAAGGCAGCAUAAAGAACAUCAAGUCGGAGAUCAAGCUGAAGCAGUCUUCGAUCGGCGAGGUGUCCGAGGAGGAUUGAAGGGGAUAGCUGAACCAAGCUGUUAUGGACCUGGAAUCUAUCUGGAAAGGAUUAUCGUAUGGCUAUAUCAUAUCAUACUAGCCAAAAGAAUUGGCAGUCAGUGAAUAGCACAAGAUUAGAAUGCCCACCGAAUGGCACAACAACACACAGCAUUUGUUAGGCAUUAUAGCUACUGCUGCUUAGCGAGCAACACAAUAUGAGAAUUAGAAUUACGAAGCA